AUGGAAUCCAAGAAGAACAUGACUAGUUUCGCUCUGGAUCAAAAGAACAUUUCGUCGACCAUGGAUACCAAGAGGAACAUGACCGCUUUCACUUUGUUGUUGCAAAAGAACAAUACUUGCACCUUGGAUUCCAACAAGAAGAACAAGACUACCCCGCCAACAAGAACGGUUUCCUUGGACUUGGAUUUUGGGUUUCUCUCUCUAGCCAUGGACCUCAUCGAUAUUAUCUUUAUGGAAUGCCAAGAACUCUACGCGAAGUACCAACCACUCGCAAUGGAUCUAUUGGAUGCUGUGUCUAUGGAGUGCCGAGAACUUUACAAGACUUACCAACCACUCGCAUUGGAUUUUUUCGAUACUGCUACUGCGCAGUGCCAACGACUCUAUGAAAAGUAUCAACCACGCGGUGUGCAUCUAGUCAAAAUGGCUGCUACUAAACUCCAAGAAUUCUACAAAACAGUGAAGCCACUUGCCAUUGAUCUGUUCGAAAGAAUCAUUGAUGCCUGCCAAUCAUUCAUGAAAGAUUUGUACGACGACUCUUCCAGCAGCACUGCCAAGCCUUUUGACCAAGCCUCUUGCAUUGCAUUCGCACAACUGGGAACAUUCAAAUCUUUCAAUAGUUGCUACUAG